UUUUAGAUGUUUUAUUUAUAUAACGACUUGGGAAAUGCACAGCGUUUUUUAAACUUAAAUAGGUAACUUAAAAAUUACCUUUUGAAAAACUAAUAUUUGUUUUCUAUUCGUAUAUCAUAAUAAGCACACUAUAUAUAGCGCGGCAUAGUUUUUUCUGUAAUUUACUGUUUUUUUUUUCAAUUUUUUUUUUAUAAUUUCUCCAAAUUGUUUUGUUGUUUGGCAACCAACUCAAAACGUAUCGAAAGAAUACCGAGGCAGAAAAUGAAAUCGAUACUUUUCCCUUUCGUCGGACGUUAAUUUUAUUAUUUUAAAUAUUUUUUAAAGAAAUUUUUAUUUUUUUUAAGACAAUUUUAAUUUUAGUUUUUAAAUAAUAGCCUUAUUUAAAACACAUUUUCCGCACGCCCCUGCCCAUGAUUUUCAACAACCCAUAAUACCACCACCCAUAAACAACAAACAAAACAUUGUUGGAGCGUCGUACCAUUCAAAACAUGUAUGUCACAGUGUAAACCGUUGCAGACCCAAAAAAUGAUCGAUAAUCGCAAUUACAUCAAACAAUGGUUGGUGUAACUACUUAUUAGAAAAUUAAUUCAGAAAUCGGAAAUCGCCGGAAACCAAACAGUAAUUUCGCAAAACACGCAAAAGUAUACUUAAAUUGUAAAGUGCAACACGUCAAACAGGGUGCACUCGUGUCAAUUAAAUUUUGCGCUGAUUGAGAUUUUUAAUUAGGUGUAUUUAUAUGUAAACAUUUGCUGGAUUUUCUAUCUGCUUCCAUCGUUUGGCGCAUGCAGUUAUAUUUAACUUUACAAAUAGUUGCAUGUGAAGCUGCUACAGGCGAAACAAGGAACAAUUGAAUAAAUUCUGGUUUUAUUUUCUUGGAGUCUGGUUUACUGAAACCACAAUGUCGUUUGGUUUUAGUAAAACUGAAGAGUACUAUCAAAAGUUCAUAGAAUUGCAGGAAAAGUUAAGAAAAAGCGAGGAGGAACGCCUCAUUUUAGAAAUGAAAUUUCAAGAGAUUAUGCAAUUAUCCAGAGAAGAAGAACAAGCUUAUUACAAAAAACUCCGCUCUAAGUACAAACGCUUCGUAGAAGAAGACAAAAAACGCCAAGAACGCAACGAAAGAUUACUUCGAGGAUUGGAAAGAAUUGACACUAAGCUUGAAAUGCUUAACGCUAAAACUAACAGGGUUAGUUUACUCAGAAGACAAUACCACAGCUACAUGCAAAGAAUGUGUAAUGGUCAACUUACAAUGUCAGAAAAACCCAGAAUAACUGAAGAAAAAUAUCCUGAGCCGACAAAGAAAUACGAUAUUCCUGAUCCCAAAAAUCUACAUAACCAUCCUUUGAUAAGGAAAGUUCUUGAUAGGGAUAAAGAGGAUAAACAAGGUAUUUUGGAGAACUACUUACAAAGCAUGGCAAGCGAAAAAUGUAAUGAUCUUUUAAGACAAACUGAUGAUAGAAAAUAUGAUUUUGAUAAUGCCAAUUCUGCGGCAGAUGAUAUCAUGAACUCUAUUUACCAGAGGUACUAUAACAAACAUGAACAUUAUGAUAAAAUGGAUGCAUAUAAAGAAUCAGUCAAAACAGAUAACCCAGAAGAUUAUAUAAAACACGAUAAUUUUAAAGAUCCUAAAACCAAGCAUAAUUUUUCAGAAGAUGUUCAAAGUAAUAAAAAUAAUGAUAAAUAUAGUUUAAAUACAAAAACAAACCUACUGGAAGUUGAAAAUAUUAAAUUGAAUGGAAAACCGGAAAUACUAAACAACCUUCCAACAGAACAACUUGCUAAUAUUAAUUUAAAUAAAGAAAAUAAUGAUAUACAACCUUAUCCUGCUAUUAAACCUACUGAAAACAUUAAAGAUAUACCCCAACCCAAAAAUCAAACUCAACAAAAACUUGUCUCUAAUCAAGAUACUAUUCAACAACCAAUCUUCGUCACUAAACCUGAUGAAAAAUUGCAACUUUUACCACAAAACAAAAGUCAGCAACCUGCAACUAAAAACAUUCAACCUAUUCAACAAGAGUACGAUCAAUAUGAACAGCAUUAUAAUGAAAACGGACAGCCUUUUCAUCGAUACGAUGAAUCUGGACAUCCUGUUCAGCACUAUGAUGAUAACGGGCAACCUAUUCAACAAAUAGAUGAUAAUGGACAACCCGUUGAUCCAAAUAUUUAUUGUGAUGAAAAUGUACAACCUAUUCAACAAUAUCAGGAAUAUAAUGAGCCUAUAGAGUCACAUAAAGAUGAAGACAGGAAUAAAUUGGUUGAAAAUGGUCAACCUAUUCAACAUUAUAACGAAAAUAUUGAAAAAGCUAGUGGACAACCUGUUCAACACAAUGACCUAAAUAACCAAAAUAAUCCUAAACAUCAAUACCAUGAAAAUGGACAACCUAUUAAAAAAGUUGAUGAGAAUGGCCAAUAUAUUGAAAGGGUUGAUGAAAAUGACCAACCUAUUCGACAGUUAAACCAAAAUCAACAAAAUAUUCAACAAUUAAAUAAAAAUGGACAAGAACAGUAUGACGAGAAUGGACAACCUAUUCAACAAUAUCACCCAAAUAAUCAACAAUAUGGCAAAAAUGGAACUAUUCAACAGUAUGAUGAAAACGGCCAAUCUAUUCAACAGCAGUAUGACAAGAACGGGCAACCUAUUGAACAAUACGAUAUCAACAGUCAAAUACAAUUCGACGAGAAUGGGCAACCUAUUCAACAAUUUGACGAAAAUGAUCAACCUAUUCAACAGUACGAUGAAAACGGCCAAUCUCUUCAACAAUUGGAUGAACAUGGACAACCUAUUCAACAACAGUUUGACGAAACCGGGAAACCUAUUCAACAAUACGAUCCCAAUAGUCCAAUGCAAUAUGGCGAAAAUGGAGAACCUAUUCAACAGUAUGAUGAAAACGGCCAAUCUUAUCAACAGCAGUAUGACGAGAACGGGCAACCUAUUCAACAAUACGACGCCAACAGUCAAAUACAAUUCGACGAGAAUGGGCAACCUAUUCACCAAUUUAACGAAAAUGAUCAACCUAUUCAACAGUACGAUGAAAACGGCCAAUCUCUUCAUCAAUUGGAUGAACAUGGACAACCUAUUCAACAACAGUAUGACCAAACCGGGAAACCUAUUCAACAAUUCGAUCCCAAUAGUCCAAUACAUUAUGACGAAAAUGGUCAACCCAUUCAACAAUAUGACAAAAAUGGUCAACCUAUUCAACAGUACGAUGAAAACGGCCAAUCUCUUCAACAGCAGUAUGACGAAAAUGGUCAACCCAUUCAACAAUAUGACGAAAAUGGUCAACCUAUUCAACAAUAUAACGAAAAUGGUCAAACUUUUCAACAGUACCUUGAAAACGGCCAAUCUCUUCAACAAUUGGAUGAACAAGAACAACCUAUUCAACAACAGUAUGACGACACCGGGAAACCUAUUCAACAAUACGAUCCCAAUAGUCCAAUACAAUAUGACGAAAAUGGUCAACCCAUUCAACAAUAUGACGAAAAUGGUCAACCUAUUCAACAGUACGAUGAAAACGGCCAAUCUCUUCAACAGCAGUAUGACGAAAAUGGUCAACCUAUUCAACAAUAUGACCCCGAUAGUCAAAUACAAUAUGACGAGAAUGGGCAACCUAUUCAACAGUUCGAUGAAAAUGGUGAACCUAUUAAUUACGAUCCUAGCAUACAAUAUAACCAAUAUGGCAACCAAAUUCAAUAUGAUGAAUAUGGCCAACCUAUCGCGUUUGAUGAAAAUGGUCAACCUAUUCAACAACCGUAUGAUCCCAAUAGUCAAAUACUGUAUGACGAGAACGGUCAACCUAUUCAACAUCAGUAUGAUGAAAAUGGACAUCCCAUUGUUUAUGAUGUUAGUUGUGAGCAACAGGUAAUACAAGAUGAUGAGGGACAGUCAGAAAGUGUAAAAGAUGAAAAUAAACCUGGAAAUGUUAUGGAUAUGUUGGAUACCGAUACAGAGAGUGUUAGGCAGGAAACCAAGGUUUCCAAUGAUAGUGAUUUUGAUUUUAGUAACAAUUAGUUAUGGUUAAAUAUUCUUAUAAAAAGUCAAUAAGGUUUAGAAUGUUAAAAAGAUCUAUAUUUUAUAUAAUAGAUAAAUAUGAUUGUAUUACCAAAU